GCCGACAGGAGCUUUCUUUUUACUUCUGCGAGGAAACAACAAGCAACAUGAGUUCCCUCAAGCUCCAGAAGAGGCUGGCAGCCUCGGUUAUGCGAUGUGGCAAGAAGAAGGUCUGGUUGGAUCCUAACGAAAUCAACGAGAUUGGAAACACCAACUCCCGCCAGAGCAUCCGCAAGCUGAUCAAGGAUGGUCUGAUCAUCAAGAAGCCGGUGGUGGUGCACUCGCGUUACCGUGUCCGCAAGAACACAAUCGCGCGCCGCAAGGGCCGCCACUGCGGCUACGGCAAGAGGAAGGGUACGGCGAACGCGCGUAUGCCCCAGAAGAUGCUGUGGAUGAACCGUAUGCGCGUGCUGCGUCGCCUGCUCAAGAAGUACCGCGAGGCGAAGAAGAUCGACCGCCACCUGUACCACGAUCUGUACAUGCGCGCGAAGGGUAACGUGUUCAAGAACAAGCGCAUCCUGAUGGAGCACAUCCACAAGCGGAAGGCCGAGAAGGCGCGCAGCAAGAUGCUGAGCGACCAGGCCGAAGCCAAGCGUACCAAGGUGCGCGAGGCCCGCAAGCGCCGCGAGGAGCGCAUCGCCAACAAGAAGCAGGAGCUGCUGCAGACCAUCGCCAAGGAGGAGGAGAGCGCGCAGCAGGUUGCGGCCACCGGCAAGAAGUAAACACCGCGUUUCGUGCGCUUUGUUUGAUCGUGUGUGAGCGAGCGAGAAGUUUAAGGUAUUUUAAGGCAAAGAUACAGAAAAAAACAAAAUACAAAAGCACUCCUGGAUUGGGGGAGAUAUGUUUGAAGCUGCACGGUUUUAAAUAUACCUCUUCGGAAUGAGAAAAA